CCGCCCGCCGACCUCUCCCCUCCUCUGACCGCUACGGAGAGGCUCCGCAACCCCGCCGGAGAUGUCUGGGGCGCGGGAGAAGAAGCGAGCCAAGAAGAUGAGGAAUCAGCCGGCCAGCGUCACGCUGCCCGCAGAGCCGGGGCCCUUCGCCGGUGGCGGGAGCAGAGCCUGCCCGCCCCCAGGAGAUGUUCAUUCUGAGCAGCAGCAGAAAUUUUCAAAUCAGUCAUCUGGGCCUGCUUACAGGAAGGACCAGUAUUUUUCAAAGGGGCAAAGUAAAGGAGAGAGAGGCAGAGGAGCAUGGCAUGGAGGACACCAAAGUGUAUCUGAGGAAAUGCCGAAAUACAUAACAGUGUCUACCUUUGCUCAAGCUCGUGCUGCUGAGAUCAAUGCCAUGUUGAAAGCAGUUUCGCAGAAGUCUUCCAACUCUCUGGUUUUCCAGACCCUCCCCAGGCACAUGCGAAGGCGAGCAAUGAGUCACAAUGUUAAACGCCUACCCAGGCGGCUCCAAGAGAUGGCCAGGAAAGAGGCAGAGAAAGCUGUACAUCAGAAAAAAGAACAGUCAAAGACUAAAUGCCGCAAAGCUAGAAGACGACACAUAAAUUUGGUAGCAGAGUUUAAUCACAGGCAAAGAAAGAAUAUUUGGCUGGAAACCCAUAUUUGGCAUGCAAAGAGAUUUCAUAUGGUAAAGAAAUGGGGAUACUGUUUAGGAAACAGCCCUACAGAGAAGAGCUACAGGGCUUGUUACCGAGCCAUGACAAAGCACUGCCUUCUUCAGGACUUAUCAUAUUAUUGUUGCCUGGAGUUGAAGGGUAAAGAGAAUGAGCUUCUGAAGCAACUUGCUCGAAUAUGUAGCAUUGACACAGGAUUGACAUUUCAAGAGGCUUGUUGUCUGUCUGGAACAUUUGAGGGUUCCCUGAAUCUUUACAGAGCAGAUCGCUAUCCUGAGGAUAUGCUUGGUCCAGUUACAUUUAUUUGGAAACCCAGGGAUGGGUCUGAAAACAGACAGUUGUGGAUUUGGGUGCAUCCAGCUCUUAAGCAGGAUAUACUUAGGGAGUUAAAAGCAAUUUUUCAGUGUUCAGAGCCUGAAGAAAUCUGUAUUACUGAGCCUGUUACAACAUCAAUUCAAGAGGAAAAACAAGUGGAAGUUGUUACAAGCCUUGGCAAUAAAAGAAAGAAGGAGGAUAAAGAAGGAGAAAAAGCUGUGCCAGUGAAAAAAAUAAUUGGUGAUGGCACUAGAGAUCCAUUCCAGUCCUACUCUUGGAUCGCACGGACUACUGGCAUUGCAAUCAGUGACAGAAGCAUGGAGAUUCUCAGAUACCGGCUGAUCGGCCCAUUAUCACACUCCGUCCUUACAGAGACCCUGAAAGCAGCUUCUGUCCAAACAGAGAUGGCAGAUUCAGAGACAGAACUGAAUAACUGGUGGGUAGAAAACUGCAAGGACUCUGAAAAAGUAUCUCUUCAUCAAUGUCAGAGUGGUAUCUUUGAGCUAUUGGAAGGGAUGAGCUCACCAUCAGAUAUGCCACCAGGUACAAUACUUGGCCUCACUGUUGGAGAUCCUCGAGUCAAUUUGCCAAAAAAGAAGACAAAAGCCAUGCCAGACUUUGAAAAAUACCGAGAUAAUGAUAAAGUUAGGCAGCUGUACCUGAAGGGUGUACCUGCAGACUGUGCUCACAGCUUUAUCUGGGACCAUGACAUCUGUAAGAACGUCACUGAAAAUAAAAUCUCAGAGCAGGAUUUAAACCAUAUGAGAGCUCAGUUACUGGUACCUGGAUCACACCUUGAUUUGGGUCCUUGUGAAUCUAAGAUUCCCAUACUGUUGGUGCAGCAGCCAGGAAAAAUAGCUGGAGAAGAUCGACCAGGAUGGGGGAGUGGCUGGGACAUCUAUCUCCCAAAGGGCUGGGGCAUGGCUUUCUGGAUUCCUUUUAUAUAUCGAGGUGUACGAGUCGGUGGCUUGCAAGAGGCAUUAAAGCAUUCUGAAUACCAAAGAACGCCUCACACUCCAAAUGAUUUCCCAGACUGCCAGGCAGGAAUGCAGUUUGCUAAAGAACUGGAAACCAGUCUUCUUGAAAAAUUCAAACGACGUCCACCUGCAAAAAGGGCAAAUUAUGUCAAGCUGGGCACUCUGUCUCCUUUCAUCUGUCCUUGGGGGCAGCUGACCAAGAACUGGGAAGAAAGAAUGAAAGCUUCAGGAGGACUUUUAUGUCCUUCCUCCCCACGUACUUACUGCUGCACAACUGAAGGGCAGACCCUUUGUGACCCCAAAGCAGAAGCAGUCAGAAAAGCUUCCCCUAAGACUGGUGAGGAGGAGGAGACCAUGGAAAUAACAAGUUCUGAAAGUGCCCUAAAGACAGAGGAUGUUACAAGCACCCAAGAUUUUGGUGAGAGAGAUGAAACUAAGACAAGUGACUUUAUUGUUCUCAGGAGUGAGAAACUACUAAUGCAGUUAUCAGCCUGGUGUUACCCCACUGCUGGGAAAGAUCGGCGAAUCCGCCUUAUUUCUCGUCUGGGACAGAAGGAAAUGACUGAAGAUGUUUUUUUGCCAAUCUUGAUGAGCUACCCAAGGGCUCUUGUCUGGGUCAACUUGUCGCUCUUGAGAAAGGGGAACCCUGAAUUACAUGCCAUGAUUUGCAUCCCAACAGAAGAUGACUUGCUGCAUCUAAGCAAAGACAAGCUCUUCUGUGGUCCACAAGAGCCCAAACAUCGUGACAUAUUCAAGGACAAGGUACGGAAGCAAAAAGAGGAGAAGAGGAAGAAAAAGGACAACGUGAAGUCUCUAGAGAGUGACCCUGCAGGCAUUCCAGAUGAAGAGGCAACUGAGGACCAUGAAGAUCUCAUUCUUGGUCUUUGGUCAGAUGCUCUCCCAGAUGUUACUUCCCACUGCUCCAGGACUGUCUUGGGGUAUGUCACUCGAGGGGAUUUUUCAUUGGCUGCAGGCUGUGGAGAAGCACUGGGUUUUGUCAGCUUGACUGGGUUAAUUUAUAUGUUACACAACCAGCCAGCAGAUAAAAAAGGGCUUGUUUUGUUAAGGACUCCAGCAUCUUUACAGUACAGAUUUGCAAGACUUAAUAUUGAGGUGUAAACAUCAUUGCAGUGCAGUAGAAUGCCAAAAAUACCAAAGAAUUUUGUUUCGUAUUUUGUGGCCUUUCAGAUUUGUCUUAAAUUUGAGGUUAUUCUAAGCCCAAACAGCUCUAAGAUUAUGAAAUAAUUAAAAAGCAUUUUAGCAUUAUUCAAGAAAAUAACUAAUGCAUGAAGAGACUAGAAUUACUUUUGAUGUCUGCAUUGCUAAGGAUUUCUAACAGAUCAUUAUCAUGAUCUUCUUUAUCUCUAAGGAAGUGUAUUCUUCAUUUUUUCUCCUCAAAGCAGUGGAUGCUAUAACAAUGUACUGGAAAUCAUCAUCUUAAUUUUAGAAGUCUUUGCUCAGAUGGACUGUAAAUUUACAGUGGACUUUGACAUGUAACUGCAAGCAGUCUGAUCCAGUGUAUAUAGCAAGUGGGUUUCCUGAUUCCUUGUAUCUGAAUAUAUGUGGCUGCAGUGCAGCAGAAUUAUGUAGAGAAAGCUGAAUGCUUAAAUGAAAUACAAAUAAAAUACAGCUAUGUCAUUUUGAAUUAUAGCAGUUGGAAAGCAUAUCAGUCUGUCUCCCUAGUCUGAAACGUAAUAAACCUUUCAGAUGCAAAUUGCUAGUGGUGGGUCAGCACACAUUUUCUGUUAAUAAGAGGGGGUAUUUUUGUUCCUCAAAACAUGAAUUUAGUUUUGUAUGGAAUGUGCUAGAAUUGAAGGCUUCUUCAUGUUACAGUAUGAUUCAUGAAUAUUGUUCAAACAAUCAUAAAACUUGUAAAAUAUGCUGGGGGGUAAAGGGAGAAAGGUGUUUGAUUUGCCUGGGGUAGUGUGGAUAGGUUGUUUGUGUUUGGUAUU